AUGUAUCAAUCCUCCACGCCGUACAGCCAAAGCCAGUACCGCGGCGCACCGGUUGCUGGGCCCAUGAACCUGCCCUAUAACGGCGCUCCGCCCGGCUACAACCCCGCCAUGCAGUACAAGCAACAGCCACAACGGUACACCUCGGUGCCGCAACCGCAGCCGCCGACCGGAGGGUUCCGACAACCCCACAUGCCCCAGCAGCAGUAUACGCAGCAGUACCCGGGACAAUCGUAUCCACAGCAGCGCGGCGACACUGGACGCCCACACAAGGGCACGCUGCCGCCUGGCCAGAUGGUGCGGGUGGGACAACAUGCCGUCCGCGUGGAGCGUUAUCUCUCCGAGGGAGGGUACGCGCAUGUGUACCUCACGAGCUCGGAGAAGCCAGUGUAUCCUCCCAAACGGAGUAACACCAAGGGAAGGUGGGGAGAAAAGGGAUACACGACGCACUGCCUCAAGCGGAUAGCGUUCGAGGAUGAGAGCGUUUGGCGGGACGUCAGCCGCGAGAUUGAGGUCAUGAAAGCGCUCCCCCCAAAUCCCCAUCUCAUCCAGUAUCUCGACUCUUCGCAUCACCGGUUAUCCAACGGCACGUACGAGGUCUUCAUCCUCAUGGAGUUUUGCUCAGGCGGCGGUAUCAUUGACCUCUUGAACAAGCGCUUGCGCGACCGCUUGAAAGAGAUCGAGAUCCUCAACAUUUUCACAGAUGUGUGUGAAGCGGUUGCCGCGAUGCAUGCGAUGAGCAGGCCUCUCCUUCACCGCGAUCUCAAGAUUGAGAACGUGCUGUCACAUCCCAACAGCCAGCCACCCACGCCUCAGCGACCCACACCCUUGAUCUUCAAACUGUGUGACUUUGGUUCGACGACGUUUCCUGCCACGCACCCGCCGCAGAACUUGGCCGAGGCGGAGGCACUCGCGCAGGACCUCAACAAGCACACGACAUUGCAGUAUCGCAGCCCAGAAAUGGUCGAGCCCUUACUGGGCUGGGCAGUCGGCCUGCCAAGCGAUGUAUGGGCUCUUGGCGUCCUCCUGUAUAAGCUGUGUUACUACACUACGCCCUUUGAGGAGCAUGGGACGCUUGCCAUCGUGAACGCCAAGUACACGUUCCCGCAGUACCCUGUGUACUCGCCCAGGUUGCAGCACCUGAUCGCUUCCAUGCUGGUUGAGCAGCCGUCGCGGCGCCCAACGGUGUUCGAGGUGCUGAGGGCGGUCCAUGACAUGAGCGGCACUCGGUCCGAAGUCGACUACCCCAUGCCUAACCGCCAGCUUCCCGUGGCCCUCCCCUCGUCGCCGAAAAAGCCCAAGUCGUCUGCCAAUCUUCUCGACUUCACUGCUGGCGGCGCGCAGACUUCGCAGCUUGUGUCACAGCCACCGUUGGUUACCUCCGUUCAGCCACAGCGCCGCGGCCGUCCAACUCGUCCCGAAUCAAUGAAGGCGACUGCUGCCGAGAUGGCGCCGCCACCCCAGCUGCCAACUCCACACAUUCCCAAAAUGCCUGUGCCUGCGUCUACCACUGGGCCCACCAAUAUGGAAGUCACCGGCGAACGGGAGGGGCCAGCGCAUGGUGUCAAGCUUCAACACGCGGUGUCGCUCUCACGGAGGACUGCCAGCGGCACGAAACCGCCCAAACCCGUUCUCGCAAGGCUGCAGGGCUCGGCAUUCAACGGCGGGAGUGCCGACCAAUCGCCCCAGUUUGGCGUUGCGAAAGGCAGUGUCGACGCGUUUGGCAUGUCCAAGAACCAGGCCGCGGCGUCGCCUGGAGGAUUUGGUGACUCAUUUAGUGCUCCGACUCCACCACCAAAGGAUGCUCCCAAGGACGCUGUCAAGCGCACGGGAUCGAACAACGCGUUCGGCGUGUCGACCACUGGCGACGCGUUUGGCAUGCCAGCCAAGAAUACCGGUCAGAAGGUCAUGUCGCCCACAGGCUUUGGCGACUCGUUCGGCACCAGCUUUGGAUCUGCUGGUGUUCCCCCGCCGACUGGGCCGAAGCCCCCCAAACCCACGAGGACCUUCACGGACUCGUUCUCAGUGUCACCGCCUACGUCCGCUAAGGUGACGCCGUCCGCGACCAAGGUUUUGCCCGCUUCCACCAAGGCGUCGCCCGGGUCUCCCAAGGUCACGCCUCCGUCUCCGCAGAAGAGCGGUCACUCUGUGCGACCCCCUUCGGCGUCCAGUACGCUGGGGCGUUCGCCGGACGCAACGAGCCCAUCUAGCGAUAUGUCGUUCGAGCAGAGAUUCCCUUCGCUUGAAGCGAUCACGCGCGAGGAGGAGAAAUCGAACCUCUCCAAGUCGCCCUCGCCCCCAGUGCAGUCGCAGCGUAUGGCCCAUCGCCAGUCCAUUAGCAUCGCGAACCUCACGGGCGGACACCUCUCCAAGGCGAGCCGGUUAUCCUCCCACGGGCAAGUCCCGCACCCGCGCUCGACGCAUGUCACGGGCACUGCAUUCAAGAAUAAAGAGGAGUCGCUCAAGCCUCCCGCCACCAGCAUUGACUCGUCGUCGCCCACGGCCGACUAUUUGAGCAUGCUCGACGAUGAGGUGGAGAUGGACGCGCUCAAGCCGACCGAGGACCUGUUCGGCGGUAACGACGAGUCGCUAUCGGUGGCGCUAGCGCCGUUGCAGCCAAUAUUGUCUAACAGAUCGUCUGGCUCGCGAUUCGGUGUCUCGCCGACUGCGGUUCGUCCUCCUCCGCCUACGAUGCCCAAGCCGCUGUCGACGCCGAACAAGCCUCAGGGUGCUGCUCAGCGCGCCACGCUGCCGGAUAUGCCGACGCAGCGGCCAACGACCAAUUUCAACUCGGCCAACUGGUCACCGCUCCAGACGAUGAAGACGACGCCACCGCCGGCCGAAGUCGACUCCAGCGACGACGAGCCCAUACCCGAGAGCGCAGAGGCGACUACUCGCCGCCCUGUUUCACCCACCAAGUCUGGUUCGCGCCAACAUCCACCCUCUCCGAGUAUCGCGCACCGGGUCGCCGCGUAUCAGCAGCAGGCCACCACAGGCCCGUCCACCUCGCCUCCGAAACCUGGGUACGGGACGUGGAGUGGACGGGGGACUGCUCGCAUGGCUCGGCCGCAGAGCAUGUUUGAUGUCCCGCGGUCCAACUCACCAGGCAAGCUGUCCCCGCCGCUCGUCUCUGUGCGUUCGGGAUCGCCUGUGUCUGGCGGCAGCGGACGGAGCACGCCUGUUGGCCACAGCCGACGCAGUUCGAUCAACGACAUUGUGAGCCGGUACGAGGCGCUCACUACGAGUCCCGCCAAGGAGACUGGAUUCCCGAGUGCAAACGGCAGUGGGCGAGCGAGUCGCCCACCAGUCAUUGCGAAUAAGCCACCUGGGCUUGUUCAACGUAGGCCUUCCGGCCCACGUGUACCCCGCGCUGCGCCUCCUACGCAGCCAAAGCCUGCGAGCCUGAGGGAAGCGAGCGGAACGAGCGUCGAGAGUGACAAGCCAAAGAAGGAGCCCAAGCCAGACGAGAAGGAGGGGCAGGAGAACGCGGCGCCGUCGUGGCGUGCACCUUCCAAGGCCGAUAUUGCUUCCAAGCCGCCCACGCUCAAGCCCAAGAUGACGGAGACGCUGGCUGCAGUGCCGGGCUCUCCAGGCUCGAGUCGCUCGAGCAGCCCCGAGAAGCAGCAGCCUGUCAACCUCCUCAUUCAGCGGUGGAACAAGGGCGAGCUCAAGCAUAGAUAG